AUGAGCAUCUUUGCCAAUCCCUUGGUUGGAGCUGGAGUUUCGCAAAUGCAUACACGGUCUGGCAACUUUUACCGGCAACUUCUAGGGCCUCCCAUGACUUGUUCCUCGAGCAUUACCACUUGCGGUCAGCAGGCUUUUUGCACGACAGUUCGAGUUUCUUGGCCAGAGUGGUCCUAUAUCUCAACCACAAGAGUUUUCCACUUUUUGAUUGUCACACAUCUGACGUGUACAUUGUGCCAUGCAGAGACUGGUUGGCUCGUUACCACUGACUACGCAAGUAACUUCAGCCCAGACUCCGGGAACAUUGCAUUGCUUCCCGCUGAAUUCCACGGUCCGCCUGAUGCACGAGUUGCGUUUUUGGCAAUGGCUGGUAUAUCGCAGGCAGCAAAGCGUGUGAAUGAACAUGUUUUUGCGUGCUAUUUGCUCCUUUACGCUUUGGCGUGUGAGCAACGCAUCCUCCCGGAUACCAUGGCCGAGGCGGCUUUCUGCAGAUUUCAGCCAGCGAAGUGCAUUGACAUAGUGCGCAACUUGACAUGGCGGCUCUCCAUUAACGGCCUUCUGAGUCACGAUCUUCCGGUAGAAACAAUGGUCGACCCGGCUUUGUUGUUGCAAGCGCUCUAG